CCCGAAAGAAAAAGUAUCCACAAAAAGAGAAGGGGGGGAAAAAGGUGGUAAGCCCCCCAAAGCAUAUAAUAAAAUCAUCAUUUGUAGUAACAAAAAACUAUACCAAGUUGAUUGAUAUUGAUACCAAUACAAUAUCCCUCUCCUCUCUUUACUUCUUCUUUUGCUUCUCAUUAUAAACACAAGAAAAUAGACUUAUCUUUCUCUUUCUCUUCCUCUUUUCCUUUCUCCUCCUUCUUCUUUUGGACAAUAAAGAUAAAAAUAGAUAGCCAUCAUGAAGAACACAAUAAGAUGUUGCAUAUCUUGCAUACUACCAUGUGGGGCACUUGAUGUGAUUCGAAUAGUUCAUGCUAAUGGCAAAGUUGAAGAGAUUAGUGGAAGUGUUAAAGCAGCUGAAAUCAUGAAGAUUUACCCUAAACAUGUUCUUAAAAAACCAUCAUCAUCUUAUUAUUCCUCAGAAGGAGGAGGAGUUUGUCCGAAAAUCGUCAUAGUUCCUCCUGAUGCUGAACUUAAACGUGGAAAGAUUUAUUUCCUCAUGCCACUUCCUACUCCUUCAAGUGAAAAAAAUCGUCCAAAAUCAUCAUCAACAACAACAACAAGAAAGAAGAAAACAAGAUCUUCAUCUUCAUCAUCAAUAUCAUCAUCAUCAUCAUCACAAGGUCGUCAUAGUAAUGCGAAUAGUAAUAAUAGUAUAAAUGGUAAUAGUAAAAAUAUGAUGGUGUCUAAUGAUCAAUAUUUAAGUGAAAUCUUGUCUGAGAAAGUCUCAACACAAAGAGAUAGAAGAAGAGGAAGAGUUGGAGUAUGGAGGCCUCAUUUAGAAAGUAUUUCUGAGGCUGCAAUUCAUGAAGCAUAAUUAAAUCUCAAUUCGAGUUUGUUAUUAAAUUUUUUUUGUCAAGAAUUUUCUUCACUAAGGUAAAUGUUCUCAAGGAAAGUUUGAAAUUUUUCUUCUAUUUUUUUUUUCGGUUUGUAAAUACGCAUAGAUUGAAGAAAACAAUAAUAUGCCCCAAAAAAGAAAGUUGUAUUAUUGUUUGAAUUUUGCUACUUAAUAAUUUGAUUAAUUACUACUUUUUUAUGA